CAAGCAACGGGUCCAGACUCCAGAAGUGAGGUGUCUGUUUCUGCCGUAGAUGGUAUCGAACUAAGCAGAAAGUUAAAAACUGGUAACAUAUGAUUACAAAAUUGUGAUUAGAAUGAAUGGAACAGCAUAUUCAAACUUUGACAAUCAAGAACACGUUCUCAAACUAGGCGAAACUUUUGAGAAACAACCUAAAAGUGCAUUCCACACGGUACGAUAUGAUUUCAAACCAGCCUCCAUAGACACAACAUGUGAGGGGGAGCUGGAAGUGGGCAAAGGAGAGCAAGUUACAGUCACACUACCGAACCUAGAGGGAUCCACGACACCCGUUACCGUAUUUAAAGGUUCCAAAAGGCCUUAUAUGAAAGAAUGUGUUCUCAUUGUUAACCAUGACACUGGGGAGUAUCGUCUGGAGAAACUCAGCAGCAACAUUGCGGUCAAGAAGACCAGGGCUGAGGGAAGCAGUAAGAUUCAGUCAAGGCUGGAGCAGCAAACCAGCAGGCUUAGUCAGCAGAUGAAGACUGGCAGUGGAAGCAAGGCUCCAUCCAGCACCAAGAGCUCUCCUCCUAAGGAGAAAAUGUCUCCAUCAUCUCCCAUGGAUGACAUUGAGCGAGAGCUGAUGGCAGAGGCACGCGUCAUGGAUCAGAUGAGCAGCGGAGACAGCUCCUCAGAUUCCCACAGUUCCUCCUCGUCCAGUAGCGGGGACAGCUCCAGCAGCAGUGACUCGGAGGACGAGGAUCGCCCCCCACAUAAUGCGGCCCCAGCCCCCCCUCAGAGCACCUCUGCCCUCAGCACAUCUCAAAGCCGUGUGGAGGAAAGCAGCGGGCAUUUCAUGAACACACUCAAAAAUGAUCUCCAGUUGAGUGAGUCCGGGAGCGAAAGUGACGAUGACUAACCCCAGAGACGUGUGGGACACCUGAUGCUGAAAAAGGGGCAGGUGUUCAGGAAGUACAUUCACUAGAUAAAACUUUGUGAUACCCGAAUCCAAAUUUUCUGAAUUAUUUUUUUCUUUCCCCCGGUUUCUUAGUAGUGCUUGCAUCGGCACAAGCUGUGCCAAUGGACACAUAGCUGGGGGGGGGGUUUGCUGUAUUAGUAAAUUAAGAAAAGGUAUUUAUUUUGUUGAGAAUGCUACUGCAUUAAUGUUACCUUUAUAGGAAUGUCCUAUAAUUGCUUCUUCAGAGGUUAUGGAAUUAUAUCUGUUUGUGAAAUAGCUGUUUAGAAAGAUCACCGUGGUCUUCUUUUCAUCUCUAUAUUUUUGAGGCUCAUCAUAUUUAAGCACAAGUGAUUUAUCAGCAUUUUAUAUGGAGUCUUAAGGAGCACCAGUGCAUUAAAGGGUUACCCCACCCCAAAACGAAAAUAUUGUCAUUAAUCAUGUACCACCAUGUCAAACCCCUAAAAGCUUCAUUUGUCUUUUCAUCAAAAAUAUCUUAAAUUGUGUUCCAAAGACAAACAAUGCUUUUACAGGUUUGGAAGGACAUGGGAGUAAAUGAUUUAUGGUAAAAUGUUUCUUUUGGGGUGGAGUAACCGUUUAAGUUCAAUCUCAGAUAUUUACACAUUACCCAACCUGCAAUACUUGAAUUUGUCUCUUUUGCUGAUUCAGGGACAUUUGUUCAUAACAAACUGUGCCUUGUAUAUAAGGUGUAUUUUGACUAUCCAUCCCAUUCUCUUACAUUGAGUACACCCAUUUUUUUUGUAAUUCCUGCUUGGAUUGCCUAAAAUAUAUCUCCAUUUAGUUGUAGAAGUCUCUAUGUUGUGUAGGUCUUACUGUAUGCCUCUGGAAGGCCCAAAAGAAACACGCUAACUCUUAAAGGAUGUCCUUAGCCAGCCCUUCUUGAGCACUACUUGCAAAAUAUGACGUGCCAUCAUUAUAACAGGGUUGACUGACAUGGUUAAGUGUGUUUCUGUGGGAGGUUUGAUCAUUAAAAUUGUGUGUAGACUAAUAAAGAUUUGUUUUGUGA